AUGAAAGCGCGCCAUGUGGAGGAGAUCAUCAGGGAGAAGGAGAGGGGCGGCGAUGAUCAGAGGCUGAUGAAGAUUUGCAAGAAGUAUUACAAUGGGGAGGAGUGUCCUUACUGGGAUAAAUGCAAUUUAUUGCACGAAAGGCAGCCUAAGAAGCUCAAGGUUGAGAUGCCGAGGCAGAGGGAGAGCUCGGCUAUCAGCAUUGGUGUGAUGGGGAGCGCGGGUGAGAUUGAUCAGGCGGCCGGGUGGAAGAUGAGGAUUUGUAGUAGAUGGGAGAUGGGGCAGUGUAACUAUGGUGAAAGAUGCCAUUUUGCUCAUGGUAGCUCAGAUUUGAGAUAUUCUGGUUUGAUAGAUGAGGGAGAAGCUACAAAUGCAGCGAGAAAAGUAGCUUCCGUGGCUCCACUUCCGGCACCCCGUGCAGCGGUGGCUGUUGCUCCGGUGGAAGAGAAGAGGAUAUCGAAGUGGAAGCUAACGAAGAAGCUUAAUCACAUUUAUGGCGAUUGGCUCGACAAUCUUACGCCACCGCACCUCUCGCCGGAGGUUAUGAAUUAG